AAAACGGAGACAAAGAAUAAUAAAGAAAACAGAAAUUUCCAAAGAAACUGUGAAAGAAAACGGCCCAGAAGAACGCCGUCUCUGCAUAACCUAGCAUCCCCGGCCACUUCCGUCGGCCGUCGCUGCAUAUUCGUUCCGUUUGGCUCUCUCGCCCCAUCUUCAGUCUCCGACGACUGGUAGCUCGCCGCCGCCGCCCUAAGCCAGGUGCUGAGGUUUUCGUUGGUCUCUUAUCUGGCGAAGAGCAGCCACCAGGUACUCCCACCCCUUCUCUUCCCUUCCCUUCAUGCUGAUGACUGAAUAGGAAGGGUUACUGCAGCAGCAAGCUGGUAGUAUACAUACAUGUAUUAAGAAUAUACAAAGUUCGAUUUCUUUUUCUCUUUCCUAAAAGAUUAUUGGUGCAAUAUAUGAUGCCCCCCUGGUCUCUCUGUUCAUGUAUCUUCUGUUAGAUUAGAAGACUUGCCGACCUCCCGGGACUGACGCUGGUACGACAUGCAUAGGCACUUUAUAUAUAUUUUUUUUUUGUUGAAAAAUAUGAAUUUUGAUGAUCAAUGUGGGCAAGUCUUGUAUGUUUAAUAAUCAAUAUGGAGAUACGCACUUUCAUAUAUUGUGUUCAAAUUCACUGAUUUUGCCAGGAAUAAUUCAGUUGUCCAUAUAUAUUCACAGGAGGAGGGGUUUUUGGAUCAAUCGAAUCCAAGAUGGGGCACUGGAGGCGGUAUGUGUAUCUGCUUGUGAACAAUUUCAACCGGGCAACAUAUCCUCUGCGUCGCAUCAACGCGUCUAGCCUCUUCUCCUCAAGUAAUAAUAAUAAUACUAGUAUGAUGAAACCGGAGGAAGCUCGUCUGCCCAACCCUUUCAUCUCUUUCACCCCUCCACUCAGCAACUAUGGCAAUGGUAUACUGAAUUUCUUCUCAUUGUUUGGCCGAGGCAAGAAUAAGAGCCUCAUUGCUGGCGCAGACCAGCAAGGCUUCACCUUCCUGUAUGACCUCGACCAGCAUGCCAUCCACAAACAGGUCUUGCUUAACGAGCCCAAGAUUUACAACACCAUCUCAGUAGCGGCUGGCGACGCCCUGUAUGUCCUGGACAAGAGGCCACGCCCAGGCAGCUUCGAAGCCCUCAGGUAUGAGGUCCCCAUGGACCUGUCCCCCUCCCGGGACUGGCGCUGGUAUUGCCUCCAGCCGCCACCCUACGUGCUUGCGCCUGGCUACACCCCCAGUACUGCCAUCUCUGCAUACGCUGUGGUGAAUGACACUGAAAUCUGGACAUCCACACCUGGAUUUGGCACCUAUUCCUUCCAUACAGUGCGUGGCUCGUGGAGAAAGUCCGUCAACUGGGAGCUGCCCUUCCGUGGCCGCGCCGACUACUUCCCGGAGUACGGUCUGUGGCUAGGGUUCUCCUCGCGAGACGGCAUGCUCUGCUCAUCUGUUCUCAGGGCUGCCACCAAGCAAAGUGGACCGCAGUUGUUACACAAGGACUGGAAGGAUGUGCAGGCACAGGAGGGUUGGAUCUUGAUGGAGUCGUUCCUGGUACAUCUUGGGUAUGGCAAGUUUUGUGUGGCCAAAUUCUUCCAAACAGUAGACAGGGGAUCCUCAGAGGAACUUUGCCAGAUUGAGAGCUUCGUCGUGCUUACGGGAUUAACGCUGCAGCAGUGUGGAGCCAAUGGGGAGCUUCGCAUGAUCAGGCACAGAUCCCAGCUCUAUUACUUUCAGGCCAUGACCCACUGUUGGGCGUUUUGAGUUGUCGGUUCAAUGAAAAGUUCAGUUCUGAUUUCUGAAACGAAUUGAAAUGGGGUGUACAGUAUAGUUUUGGCUGCGUCUAGCAUUUUCUGAACCUUGGCAGCAACCAAAAACACAGUACCAGUGUAUUUUCUUUUGCAUUUGUGACCUGACUCUACUGGUCUAGCAUUUGUGAUCUCUAUCCUACAUGUGCACACAUAUCCAUCACUAAAUCUAAAGGUGAAAGG